GAACGUUUCGUCUUGGCGGUCGAUUUAAUUGGGAUCCACGGUCCACGACUGUGAUGUAAAAAAGAAUUUACAUAUACGUAAAACUUAAAAACGAACCCAUUGAGGAAACCAAAAAUAACUACGAACACUUGCUAAAAGCGACUUAACUACCACACCCACAUAAAUUACUUUUAUGAUGUAACAAAGAAUACAAACACUUUUUAAUUAAACAAAAAUCGUAACGAAUAAAAACUCAACAAUACAAAAAAGAGUGCAUAAAAAGCAAAACAAAAUAAAACACAACAAAAAAUGCGUCCGAAAAUGACAUCCUACUUGGUGGGUGCACACCUCCUGCUGCUCACACUAAUCACAUGGAGCGACAGCAGCGCGAAUGCGCUCAACACAGCUGAAACGGCUAAUCCGACUUGUUCGUUGAAGGACAAUUGCAAUUUGAAUGACAACUUCCCCACCGGCGCAGGUGAAUCAAGUGACAAGACGGCCAGCAAAUUGGAGAAUAAAAUCGCAUCCAUUUUCGAGGAUAAGGUCAAUUACAGUCUGAAAUUGUUCGCCGACGCAGAUGUCAUCGAGUACAACACGUUGGAAAGCAAUUUAACCGGGCGCACACACAUACCAAUGCCGGCAACAGCGAACUUGACGCUGAGCCACUUGCAGGACGCGGCCGACGUGGAGGAGGAUGAGCGAGUUUAUUUAUACAAUAUUGGCCGUCGGCUCAUAUCCAUCGCCACACCUUUUGAUGCUGCUCGAAAUCCCAAAGCCUCUCCAAAGUGUCGCUCACAAAUGCGACGUUUUUUAGAAGGCUUGAACAACUUUGAUUUUUGGGCUCUGAAAAUGCACGACUCUACCGGCAAAAUCACUUCGGGCAUACUCAAUGGCAACAUUAAUCAGCCGGGCGAUUUCGACCAGUGUCUGGGUAUAAGCACCGCCUCUGAUGGUGCAGCAGUAGCUGACAGCGAUGCCAAUGAAAUCAAAGGACAAUACUGUUUGGCCUAUGCGCAGCCAGUGUUGCCGCACAAAUCGAAGCGUCUGCGCGCAUUGUUCACACUGUUACAAUCGCAUGGACCAUUCAGGAGUGAAUUCAAUGAUCCCGGUCAUCGUGUGCCCCGCUACUCACUCAUCAACUGGGGAAUUUGUGUGCCCAACGCGUGCACCUAUCAAGAUGUAGAAUACACCGUGAAUGAAUACUUGAGUAAUAUGACCAGCUCCACCGGCAUUUCAUUUCAAGUGCGCGUUGAGCCAAAAAUGUGUCAGGUGCGCGACAAUAAGCCAUGGGAUCGCAACACAACGUGGGCAGUCCGCUUUUUCCUCGUUAUUCUUUCCGUCGCUGUGCUAUCGACUAUCUAUGAACGCUGCUUAAAAGGAGACGAAAAGCCAAAUGAAUGGUUUACUGCCUUUUCGCUGGAUAAAAAUCUACGUUGGCUUUUUAGCACACACUCCUCGCCUAAUGAUAUUGAAGCUGUGCAUGGCAUACGCUUCCUCAAUGCCGCGAUGCUGCUCUUCUCCCAUAAGUCAAUGGCUAUGUUCUUUAAUCCCUACAAUAAUAGAACUGAAAUGUCAGAGAGUUUGGGACGUUCUUGGACUGUAAUUGGACGCGCCGCUUCCCUCUAUACCGACCCCUUUUUACUAUUCAGUGGGAUGCUUACUGCGUACUCACUUUUUGGACGCCUUUUCAAAGGUCAGCCGAUACGUUUGCGAAAUGAAUAUAUUAGUCGGUUGAUGCGUAUCGUACCUCCGCUAGCAGCUCUCAUACUAUUUUGCACUUUUGUGCUCCCACUUUGGGGCUCGGGGCCACAAUGGAACUUGGUUGUUGGACAUCACGCGGAUAUUUGUAAACGAAACUGGUGGCGCAAUUUACUUUUCAUCCAUAACUACUUCGGCUUCAGUGAAAUGUGCCUUACCCACACACAUCAUCUAGGUAUUGAUACCGAGCUCUUUGCCGUAGCGCCAAUAAUGAUACUCGGGCUAUGGAAAUGGCCACGGAAAGGAUUGUUUGCUCUGCUACUACUUGGAGCCAUUGGAACCGCAGCCCGCUACUACACUACCAUCGUGAAUCAAUUAUCAAAUUACAUCUACUUUGGCACAAACAUCCAACGUCUCUUCCGCACUGCUGACUAUAUGUACUCCUUCCCGCCCCACCGAUCCACUGUUUAUAUUAUGGGCAUUUUGCUUGGCUACUGCUUGCGAAAAUACCGUGGCAUCCAAUUAUCGACUGCACAGCUUCGCAUCGGCUGGGUUAUAGCCACGGCCAGUGUACUUGUUUCCCUAUUGGGUCCCGCGCCAAUGGGGCACAUCAGCUAUCAAUACAACAAAACACACGCGGCCAUAUAUGCAGCAUUUGCACCAAUCGCUUGGUGCAUAUUCUUCGCGUGGAUCGUUUUUGUUUCCCACAAUGGCUACAAGAACAAAUUCACUGACAUGCUUUCCUGGAAAGGAUUUCAAGUGUCCACAAAGUUAUCAUAUGCCAUUUACCUUACGCAGUUCCCCGUGUUUUUCUUCAACGUGGGUCGCCGACGACACAUUCAUCACUACUACAAUUUCGUCUCUAUCAUUCUGGAUACCAAUGAAUUUAUCUGCAUAUUUCUCGCCUCCGUUGCGCUCACCAUAUUUUUCGAUGUGCCCUUCCAAAAUAUUAAAAAAUUGAUAUUUAACCGUGUUUCAGCAUCCACCAAAAACCAAGAUCUUGGAGCCGUUAAGGCAUCAACAGGAAUUCUUUGUGAUUCCAAGCCUCCACGACAAACAGAAACACUGACCUCAUCAGCGACAAACACAACUCCGCCAAAAUCACUGCUAACAGAUUGUGCGACAUCAAAUGGAAAAAUCGUGCAUGCUCACAUCGAUUAGUUCAGUUCUUUGUGUUUAGUUUAAUUUACAUUUAAAUAUUUGAUUUAGCGUAACGUGUGUAAUUAAGUCAUUAUUUAAUAAUUAAAUGAGAGUUUUAGUCCAUAAGCCUGUGAUGUGUACUUUUACUACUUUUUGUAAAUCUUAAUAUCUACAAAUCGUAAAUGCCAAUUUUUAAAAUAUGAAAAUAUGUAUUAAACAAAUAUAUUUUAAGCAUAUAAAUAUUUUUAUUUGCAAUUAGUUAUUGAAUUGAGUAUUCCAAUUACGGUGUGCGAAUGAUUCAAAUCUGUUCAAAAGAAUAUAUUAAGAAACGACUUGUAAAUAUAUAAAAAAAAGCAUUUGGUUUAGAGUGAAGCUUUCUCAAAUACAUAUUUAAAUAAAA